CUUCGCACAGAAAGAUGAUGACGCUUCGGAGGAGGUUUCUGCUGGGAGAUCUGGAACAAGAGGUAAAAUCAAGAACUUCUCACAGAAAGAUGAUGACGCUUCGGAGGUUUCUGCUGGGAGCGAUCGUUCUUUUCACGCUACUGUCGAGCCUUGCGGAGAUGACGACCACUAGGUGUGCCUCGUCUGUUCCCUCCGAUGUGCCCGCUGGUUGCGCAGUUCUCGGCCACAAGGCGCCAGACGUUGAUUCUGUGGCCUCAUCUUUGGUUGCUGCGUACCUGUUCAAAGGUGUCGCGAUCUUGCCCGUCGGACCGAACUACAACCCACCGUCAGCUGAAAUACGAUAUGUGCUGAACCAUGCUGUUUCUGUAGCAUCUUCUAGAGGAGGAGCGGAUGUAGAGGGAACCUCGACGUCAAGCUCCACAGCCACCGAUGAGGACGAAACGUCAAGCUCCACAGCCACCGACGAGGAAACAGACAUGCGGACAUUGAUAUCCAAGCUCGGUGUUUCCACAGUGCUUGUUGACGAAGAGCUUGGAAAUGAGGUGGAAAGAAUCGGAGUUGUAUCGUCGGACUCGACUAAAUUUCCCACAACGUCUUGUGCAAUUCAGGUUGAUCACAAUGCGGAUGCACAAACACUUUCCUACAGAGUCAGAGGUUCUACGAGUACUACGAGGACCGCGGCCGUCGUAGAUCACCACAUGAUCGACGCCUCGCUUAGCACAAAAUCGCCGAUAUUGGCAGACUUUCGACCGUGGGGAUCAACCUCGACAAUACUGUGGGAUAGGUGGUAAGAUUUGCUUUUGGUUUUUGUCGGCUUUGAUUUUCUUUGCAUACAGGUGGUCGUUUUUGAUUUGUAUUCCACUACUUCGACUCGUUGACGUUCCUGCUGCUCAAAUAAAAAAAGAACUUUACAACUACAGGUAUUCCUCAUCAACGAGAGGGGGCGCGGAGAAACCAUUCCUUCCUACGAGCCUAGCAGUGCUUCUUUUGGCUGGUGUCCUGUCCGACACCGUAAAUCUGUCGUCUCCGACCACGACCGAAGCCGACAGGGUUGCAGUCCCUCAACUACGCGACCACAUUGUUGGAAAAAGUGGACCUGCUGAUGUACAAGAACUAGGACUAGCAUCAUCUACUAGUCCACUUUAUUUCUUCACCGAUCCCACGAUAUUUUUUGAAGGCAUGGCCUCCGCAAAAGAUAGCGAGCUGGCUGCGCUCCCAUUUGCUGAGCUUAGUCGGCGAGACAGCAAGCUAUUUCCGCUCAAGUCUGCAGAUGGUUCAUGUGACAUUCGCAUUGGUGUCGCGGAAUUCCUCAGUGUAGAUACUUUGUGGAAUACUGUCAAGAAAUUCAGAACUACAAGUCCUCCCGCUGCUGCUGAGGCGUCCAAUAUAGAAAUAAAUGCUGCAGAAUUUUUCUUUUUUGUAAGUGUCAACCCUCAAAACAAAUUCGCACUUCUGUUUGACAACCAAAUAGCUAGGGACAAAGAAACUACAACUUGGCGUCGGACCGUUAUACAAUCAGUCUACGAAGGCAAAUUCCAGAUUGAUGAGAUGAUGAUGGAUUAUGUCAUUUUACCCAACAUCACCAGCCGCAAGAAACAGAUGACACAGAUUGUCGACUUCAUAGACAAGAACUAUGCACAGUUUGCUUCAGAAAUGAACUGUAGCCCAACGAGGAGCGACGACCUUUAAUUAAGACUGUACCUAAAAAUACAUCUUUAGACGCAUCCUAGAAACGUAUGGGAGAGUAAUAUCCGAAGGAGCGCGCCGAUCACGUCAGAAGUAGGAUGUCUCCGCUCUCCAUCGCCCC